AUGGUUCACAUCAUUCGGUUCGCUUCAACUGAGCGUCCAGGGGUAGAAGUGAAUCCCUCCCUCAAAAUAUGGAGGGUACAGAUGGCCAUAUCAAACGUGCUCCGAACGGACAAACAGCUAAGAGGCAGUGCGCAAGAAUUGGCGCUAACCUGCAUUCUUGCUGCUGAAGAAAAAAAUCGAGCUCGACUACAUUUUGCACCGCUUUAUCUGGCGUUAUGGAAUCAUUAA